GCUCCAUUUACUGAAACUGAUUGGCUCCAGUCGCCCCUGGUCACCACUGCAGGUCAGCAAGUGCCGUCCCCAAUAAGUCGUCCAGACUUGCAGAAGCCGUUUCGGGAAGGAUGGAGUUCGGAAGGAGCCACGGCUGUUGAGAAAUGCAUGGAGAAAAGCUCUUUUCUUGCUCCCUGUAACAGGAAGGAAGCGUGCGGGCCCACUGCUCAGGAACGGUGGUGAAAUGCUAGCAGCUGGCAGAUGGGAAGGAACUGCCCAGCUUUUUCCUGAAAAUGUCACAACAUGUGUGACAGCGCAGAAUUACUAAGUGGUCAGGACACGCCUGGCUAUCUUAGACAAGUCCAUGCCUUUGGGCCAGAUGAAUUCCACCGUGAUUCUACAGGAACUGGCUGGUCAGCUGGAAGGAGGUUUAGCAUGGAGUGAAAGUUAUUCAUAUUCUCUGACACUGAUUUCAACGGGAACCAAGUUCAGCUAAUGGUCUGGAUCCAGGCCCAUCAGGGGAAUAAAACAAGCAGCCAUAAAAGUUUAAAGCACAGCAGAGGAAGAGAGAGAGCAAUGGAACUCAAGUGGCAGGGAGUUCCUCAGUCUCUCACUUGAACCACAGCUACAGUUUUCAUCUGCUUCAGCUCCUUUCCUUUUCCUGUUCUAUGCUAUCAAAGUGCAUGUACAUAUCAAUAAAACAAUGCCAACUGUAUCUAUGUACAUAUUUGUUGUACAUAGAGGGGUUUGGAAAAUCUAUUUAUUGGCAUAUUUUUACCCCUCUCCAUUGCAGAGAUCACGCAGCAAGAAAAAUCCCUUCCUGCAGGCUUACAAUGGAAAAAAGUCACAACAUACAAGGAAGAAGGCAUGGGGAGGGAAGAGGAAAAAUGGAGCUGAUUGUUAGCAUUGCUGGUGGAAAGGCCCUGCUUCCCCUCUUAUCUUGGAAGGGGCAGAUAAUAACUGGAACCGGCCCCAGUGUUCCCUUUGCUUGCUCCUGUUCCUUCCUUCAGUGCAGCUGAUCAAUGAAUGCACAGUCUACUUGAGCUUUAAUUCUAAUUAAGUCCAAAUCCCUGAGCCCUAGAAUGCAGCCCAGCACAAAGCCAUGUUUCGUUCAGCUGUUCAGUUGCCUCCGACUAUAAGUGAUCCUAUGGGCCAAAUCUUGCCACUCUUUUCGAUCCAGUGCCACCUCUUUCAGCUCUGGCCUCUGUCCUCUUGAAUGGAGUUUAACUACCUCGCUCUUUGGUGACCUGGUUUUUUCUUUCCGCUGAGCAUUCCAAGGAUUAUAUCUUUUUCUAAGGAGCUUGAUCACACAGGGUGGCCAACAUACGUGAGUCUCAGGGAAGCGUAGCCGGGGCUGAGGCUCGGACACAGCGCAGGGUGAGGCAUGGCGCAAGAGGAGCGGCGGGCCGCACGAGCCACGGGGGCUCGGGCUGCGGUCGACCCCGAGCAGAUCGAGGCCCUCCUGGCCGCGUGCAGAGAAGCCAAGAAGUUUGCCUACUGCCCCUACAGCAACUACCCCGUGGGGGCCGCUCUCCUGACCUCUGAUGGGAAGCUCUUCCUAGGUUGCAACGUUGAGAACGCAUGCUACCCGCUGGGCGUGUGUGCUGAGCGCACGGCUAUCCAAAAGGCAGUAUCGGAAGGAUGCACAAAGUUUCAAGCCAUAGCCAUUUGCUGCAACAGCCAAGAGUCGUUCGCCACGCCCUGUGGGGCCUGCCGGCAAGUGCUGCGCGAGUUUGGCAAGCACUGGGACAUCUAUUUGGCCAAGACAGAUGGGACGUAUAUACAAAAAACUUUGGAAGAGCUGCUACCCCUCUCCUUCGGACCAGAAGAUCUGAAUACAUCCUAAAAAAAGCGAGCUAUCAGGAAGUACUCACUGGCUUUGUCACCCAAGUAUGAAAUUAGGCAAUUAGGAAUUUUCUGUUGCUUUUUUUUUUUUUUAACUUUCCAGAGCAGGUUCAGAGAACUAUGCAAGCAGCUUGUCACAGCGACUUUCAGUUUAUUUGUGCUUUUCUUUCCCAUGCCAUGAGACAUCGAUUUUGAUAUAAGAUGCAAGAAUGAGUCACAAUUCUGUUUGCGUGUUUUUAUUGAGGCAUGUGUGCCGGUUGAUAAAACCACAACACACCCCUGCUUCCAAAUAAACAAGUUUGACAUACA